GGGGGGGGGGGCGGCCCUGGCAGGCGCCCGGCGGGUCCGGCCUCGGUGGGAGGGGAGGGGUAAAAAAAAUAAAUAAAUGAACCCCGCUGCCCGCCCCGGGUGUGUAUAGCAGCUCGGGACGAGGUGGGGUCACGCAGAGAACCAGUGCCUGUUUGCCCUCGGAGGAGUCCUUCAUGGCAGUGUAAUGUCAUCGCCGCUUGGAAGGCUGUCUCUUGGUAUGAGGUAACACCAUGAUAUGGGACUUAUUUAUUGAAAUAUGUUUUCUGGAAUGAAGUAGACAAGCAACGUAGGAAAGGUGUAACUAUUUAUAAGUAAUGACAGUUCAUUUGUCUCUAGAUACAUAUUUGUUCUUUGUGAUUAACCCAAAAAGUCUUUGGUGGAAGCAAAGAAACAAAUACCUGAGUUUGUAUAGACCUAAAGUCUUCUGGAGGAUAAAUCAUGAUGUUCAUCUUAGAGUUUUCCAUACAAGCGAGCCUCAGUGUAAAUGGGCCAGAAGCCGGACGUUUUGGUAUAACAAGCACAUUUACAGCCAUGACUUCUUAUAUUACAGAGUUUCUAAACUGUUGACUUCUUCUUCCAAAGGACUUACAAAAGUGAACAGUCGCAUGUCACGAAUUAAGAAUACUAUAGAGUCUGUUUCAAAGGCAGUGUCUGGCACUCACAGUGAACUGGUGUCCCGGAUAGCUCGGUUAAAGUCACACUCAGGUGCUCUAGGAAAAACAACUAAAAGUAAUGCAGAUGAAAAUAACCUCAGUGCCAGUCUGGAAAAUGGUAAACAAGUUUCAGAUGCCAGAACUCAGGAGGAUUGCAACAGAGGCCUAGCUUCUGGGAAAUGCACUGAUGCAAAUGAAAGCUUGGAGUCUAUGUUAAAAAAAUCGAGUGGCGCUAAUCAAGAUACUCCAGAAGAUUCAGCCUCUAAAACCCACCUUUUCCACAUAAGCUACCUAUCUACGAAUUUUGGAGAGACUUACAACUUUGUAGCUGACCAUAUCAAUUGGUACUUCAGUAAUAAUUCCGUAAUGGAUCAAGAGAAAAAGAGGAAUGCUUUGUUACAGGACUCUAAAAGUGAAGUGACAAAUAAGCUUGGUUCAUCAGAAAAUACUGUAAUUACUGAAGAAAAGACAGUGACUUCAGCAGCUACUUUAGCUCCUGAGACAGAGACUCAGGAUGCUGAAAAGACAAGUACUGCUCUUCCAGUUUCCACUAAGAAAAGUAUUGCAAACUUUCUUUCCUAUCCCAGUAACAGCAUACAAGCUUUUGUAGACAGUUACAUUGGUGGGUUGGUGCCCAAGCUGAGGUCGGAAACAAAAGUUGCUGCACCAGAAAAGAGUAAACAGAUAGAGCAAGAAGGGUCUGAGAAGGAUGAGGAAGACAAAGCAAAAGAGAGUAAGACUGCAGAAGACAGGGAAAAGCAUCUGUCAAUUCAGAGAGAAAAGAUCAUUGCGCGAGUGAGUAUUGAUAACAGGACUCGAGCUUUAGUUCAAGCCCUAAGAAGAUCCUCUAAUCGAAGAAUCUGUAUCAGCAGGGUUGAAGAACUGACUUAUCAUCUUCUGGAAUUUCCAGAGAGCAGAGGAGUUGCAAUUAAGGAAAAAGUAAUCCCAUGCCUACUUCGACUGAGACAAGCAAAUGACGAAAGUCUUCAGGCUGCUGUUAGAGAGACUUUAGCAAUAAUUGGAUAUACAGACCCUGUGAAAGGCUGGGGAAUUCGAGUCCUUGCUAUUGAUGGAGGAGGAACAAGGGGUUUAGUUGCACUUCAAACUCUACGGAAACUAGAAGAACUUACUGGAAAGCCAGUUCAUCAUCUUUUUGACUACAUUUGUGGUGUAAGCACAGGAGCUAUAUUAGCAUUUAUGUUGGGGCUAUUCCAUAUUCCUCUGGAUGAUUGUGAAGAACUAUAUCACAAGUUAGGAUCAGACGUUUUUAAGCAGAAUGUAAUUGUUGGAACAGUCAAAAUGGGUUGGAGCCAUGCCUUUUAUGACAGCGAUAUCUGGGAAAAAAUGCUCAAAGAAAAAAUGGGCUCAAAUCUUUUGAUUGAAACUGCAAGAAAUUCCAAAUGUCCAAAGGUAGCUGCAGUAAGCACCAUUGUAAACAGAGGAACACCACUCAAAGCAUUUGUUUUUAGAAACUACAAUCACUUUCCUGGGGUUAAGUCUCAUUAUAUUGGAGGCUGUCAAUAUAAACUAUGGCAGGCCAUUAGAGCAUCAUCUGCUGCACCAGGUUACUUCCAGGAAUAUGUCUUGGGCAACGAUCUUCAUCAGGAUGGAGGUUUGCUUCUAAAUAAUCCUUCUGCACUGGCAGUUCACGAGUGCAAGUGUCUUUGGCCAAAUGUUCCAUUGCAGUGUCUGAUAUCGCUGGGUACUGGUCGAUACGAAAGUGAAGGAAAGACGAAUGUCACAUACACCAGUCUGAAAGCCAAGCUCACAAAUGUUAUCAGCAGUGCAACUGAUACAGAAGAAGUUCACACCAUGCUGGAUGCACUGUUACCACCAGAUACUUACUUCAGAUUUAACCCUCUUAUGAACGAAGACAUACCUCUGGAUGAAAGUCGGAAAGAGAAGCUCAAUCAGCUGCAGACAGAUGGAAUUCGUUAUUUAGAACGAAAUGAAGAAAAACUGAAAAAAGCUGCAAAAAUAUUAACACAAGAAAAAUCGACUUUGCAGAAAUUUCAUGAUUGGAUAAGAUUAAAGGCUGACAUGUAUGAAGGCCUUCCCUUUCUUUCCAAAUUGUGAAUAUGUAAUGCAUGAAAGAUUGUAAAUGUAAAUCCUAUUCCAGAAAACUCAUCCAGUACUGUAAAGGAAGAAUGUUUAUUGUGGGUAAAUAACAUCUUUGGAAGGCUGUCCAUAGAGUUCUGGUGAAAGCAGUUCAGGAUGGCUGUUUUGUGCACACUUACUUGGUAUAAAGUUUUAUGGUGUUAAUUAUUUUUUGAACUUUAGGGAUCUUACUGUUGUUCUACUUAAAUUUGUUAAAGUUGGUAAAAACUGCAAAUUAUGAAAGCAAUUGUGCUAUACAUUUUUCAAUGUAUAUACCAUAAUUAUGGUGGCAGUGAGCCUUUAUUCGUCAACUACCAGGCUUCUUCAAAAUUAACAAAAAAUAAAAUCUUCAUUCGCUUUAGAGUAGGCAAUGUACCUGUUGAGGCUCUUAUGUAGCCAGUUAAUAUAAAGAAAUGUAACAUCUUACAAACACUUUUCCUGUGUUAAUUGCACUUUUACAUUUGAAAGAUAACAUCUAAGUUCUUUUUUAUUAUUUCCAAUGUUUUUGUACAUAACCGUAUUCAGUAAGAUGUUUGGAUGACUAUAAAUGGCAUAUUAAAUUAUCAAAAUUAACUGAUAUUUUGGGGACUUGCUGCUUACUGUUUUUAUUGGAAUGAUUUCACAUUGGUUCAUUCAUUAUUUGAAAAUAAUCCCAAGCCCCCAGACUUCCUUUGAUUCCUGUCAGAGGAUACAGGAAAUAACUAGUGAACUGUUUGAAAAUUUUAUGCAAGUGAGAAGCUUAUUAUAGAAGCUUCAGUUUUGGAUGCCAAACUUCACGUGUUCCUAGGCAAGAGAAAUUUAGCAGUUGAUACCUAAAAGAAUAAAUUAUGCAUUUCCUUUUAACUUUUA